AUGGCCUCUCGGCGAAGACACUCUGGCUCGCCCAGUCUCCUCCCUGGGCCUCCAUUCCCGCUCGACCAUUCCCAACGAGGAUCCCUUGUAUCGCACCGCGCACACUGUCUCUCACACGGCCGUUCUCGCUGCCGCUCACACGGCAGCCUUGUACAGACCCGCCGGGAAACGCGAACCCCCUUUGCCCUCCUCGUGUUCCUCGUCUCGCUACCCGCAGCGCCGCUGCUCCGCCCGACCCACGCUUCCCCCCCCGAUGUCUCCGCGCUCUACAUCGUCCGCCUCCGCUCCGCGCCACCCGUCGCCUCGUACCGCGGCGGAUUUCCCGGCUACCCGGCAACGGCCGUCUGGGACAGCGACCCUAACGGCAACGCGACAGACGCGACAGCAGACGACGCCGCCGCCGGUUCCAGUGCCGUUGGUACCGCUUCUGUUUCCUCCUCCUCCUCCACCGCUGGUGCGGCUACUACCAACGGUUUAGGAUGGCUUGGCCGUCGACCGCGGCGGCCGCGGGUGAACGUGAGGGCGCCGGGCGUGAGGGCGUUCAAGCAGCUGCUGCAGCGCAUGCAGCAGGCCGUGCUGAGAGACAGCGGGGUGGCCGCGGGGAAGAUGGUUUACAGCUACAAGCACGCGUCGAACGGCUUCUCAGCAACCCUCACGCCAGCGCAGGUGCAGCGCAUGAGGCGCCACCCAUCUGUGGCGUCCGUGACGCAGGCACGCGUGCUGCGCCCCGCCACCACCGACUCGUACAAGUUCCUCGGCCUGCCCGGGUCGCUCUGGGCCGACGCGGGCGGGCCCAGCAGCGCAGGCGAGGGCACUGUAAUCGGCAUCGUGGAUACCGGCAUAUGGCCCGAACACGCUUCGUUCGAUGACACGGGCUACAGCAGCACGCUCCCUGCUGGAUGGUCAGGCACGUGUCCCACGACAAGCGACUUCGCAUGCAACAACAAGAUCAUCGGAGGGGGCAUCUUCCACGCGGGGUUUGAGAGCGGCGGCACCACCAUCGACCUCUCGGGUGACUGGAAGUCGCCGCGCGAUGCUGCCGGCCACGGCACGUGGUGUGCGGGGGCGGCAGCAGGCAACAACAACGUGCCAAUCCCCAACAUCGGCACGGCCAGCGGCAUGGCGCCAGGGGCGCGCCUGGCCAUCUACAAGGUCUUCUGGCAGACCAACGGAUAUAUGUACGCCACCAGCCCAGACAUCUUCUCAGCCGUUGAUCAGGCUGUCGCCGACGGUGUGGAUGUGCUGAGCCUGUCGCUGGGCGGAGCCAGUUCCACCGACACCUACUUUGACGACGUGCCCUUCAUCAGCGUCCAUGCCGUGAGUGCCCUUCAUCAGCGUCCAUGCCUGCUCACGGGUUCACUCACGUGGAGGGCCAUGCUUUCAGUCACGUGGAGGGCCAUGCUUUUGGCCUCAGCCUCUCCUCUCUCCACUCCUCUGCUUUCUCAUCGUCGCACCUCUCCCUGCGUCCCUUCUCCCGCCCUUUCUUUCCUUUCCCUCUCCCCCCAUCAGGCGGGGGUGUUUGUGGCCUUUGCAGCGGGCAAUGAGGGCCGCCCAUCAGCAUCCGCAGCCACGGGCUAUCGCACGCUCUGCAACUUCUCUCCCUACUACAUGACUGUGGGCGCCAGCACCAUCAGCCGCAACGGAGCAUCCAUCUCCUCCACAAAGGCAUUAACAUCAACAACAGCAUCCCUUGAGCCUCCAUCCAACACCACAGCCCCCACAGCCCUCGCAGCAGCCAGCACGGUGUCAACCCUCAACGGGGUGCGCAUCCCAGCCAGCAUGUCCCCAGCAGCCACCGCCGCCCCGGUAGUCGCCUACUUCUCCUCCACCGGUCCGCUCGCCAAGCCCUCAGCCGCCACACCAGCAGCCUACCCCUCCAACACCAUCCUCAAACCCGACAUCAUCGCCCCGGGGGUCCAGCUCUACGCCGCCUUUCCCGGCAGGACUGUGGGCUCUAAGGGAGGGUUUGAAGCGCUGUCAGGGACGUCAAUGGCCACACCGCACAUCGCUGGCAUUGCUGCUCUCAUCAUCCAGCAGCAUCCUGAUUGGACGCCCUCGCAGAUCAUGUCGGCAAUGAUGACUACAGCAAGGACUACUAAUACCGGUAACGGGGCGAUUAAAAACGAGUAUGGGGCUGCUGCAUCGCCAUGGGAGAUUGGAGCGGGGCAUGUGGUGCCAGCUAUGGUGGUUAACCCUGGGUUAACCUAUGAUGCCGGGGAGCAGGACUUCAAGAACUUUCUCGCUGGGCAGAACUAUAACCGGGCAAAGGGUGAAUUUGGCACGGCUUCCCUCAGAGCUCUCUCCGCGAAGAAUCUGAAUCGGCCAGCUAUCUCGCUGCCCAAAGUGCACAACAAGGCUUCGGUUACACGGACUGUAACAAAUGUUGCGGAUACCACGUCAACGUACACAGUGAGGAUCAAGAAACCUGCUGGAGUGAAGGUGAAAGUGUCGCCAUCAAGCUUCACUAUUGCACCCGGGCAACGAAAGACGUACAAGGUGACGGUGGUGGUGAAGUGGGCUUCACAGUCCUUCAAGUUCGGCAGCCUCACGUGGGUGGACAACAAAGGGCACUCCGUGCGGUCCGUGCUGGCCGUGCAGCCGAGUAGUGCUUGCUGGUUUGGCUGCUAA